UUGAUCAAAAAUUCAAAAUUAUUGAGUGUUUUCCUCAUCAGUGUAAAAUGAGAAGCUUCCUGCUACUAAUUUUGCUUUUUUAUCAAUAUUUUGUUUUCUGCAAAAGUCCAUCCCUUUCCAGCUAUGCAGAUGAAUAUGAGGAUAAAAAACAAACAGAUUUAAAAAUUUCAGAGCUGAAUAAAAAGAAUGAAAAUUCCGAUGAGAUCGAAAUCCCAAAGAAAGAAAUUUCUAAAAUAUUGUUUACUGUGGAAACCAAGAGGAAGAACAAAAAUUUAACGAGGAAUAAAGUACCUCAGCCUAAUUAUUCUGAAUACCUAUAUGUUUCAGACUUUACUCCACGGAAUCUACCAAGAAGCUCUAAUAAAAGGAAAUUUCAAAAGCUGUUGCAUGUUGAUCGACACCUCAAAUCGCUUCUCCGACGCAAAACUACCAAAUCUAUUGAAACUAAAAUUAAUGAAAAGAACCCGGCGAGUAGCACCUUAAUUACUUCCUGUAAUACAGAAGACUGCGAAAGAGAAUCUGAUUAUUUUAAUUUUGGGAACGAUUCUGAGAAAAAGGAAAAAAGUAUUACUAAUUCAGAAAAUAAAUCAUUCACCUCAACUCCCUCCUCACUUUCAGAGAAACAACAUAUCAAUCAUAGAAUUCCAAAUGUUACAGUCAAUAAUAAAAAUAAUUUUAUUCCUAGAUUAAAAGACAGAUAUUCUGUGUCUUUACCUUUUGCAAUUAUUGAGAAAAAUCAUGCGUCUUUAGUUCUUAUUUCCACAGAAAAUGUAGAUAAAAAUUUUUUUGCUGCCUCUGUAAAUUUCGCAUUAGAUGCUGAUGCACUUACAACAAAGAAAGAUGGACUGAAGUCAAUUCGAAAUAUCACGAAGAAAAACAAGAAUUCUUUCAUUGUUAGUAUUGAGAAUAACGCAUCUACUGAUAAUGACUAUCAACAGUACACAGAUCCAGUUGUUACUGAGGAUAUGAACGAUUUUGUUUCUGAAUUAACUAACGAAGAUUUGAUUUCAAAACCUGGCAUGCCAAAAACGAAAGAAUAUGGAUCUAAUUUAAUUUCCACUUUUACAAGAAAUGAGGAUACUUCUGUUCUUUCCUACAUAAAAGAUGAAACUUUUAUCAGAAAACCUGCUGUUACUUUAAAGACGAAACAUGGGCCUCAUACAUUCCCAACUGUGAUUCAAAAUUCCGACUAUUCUUUGAACACUGAAGAUGAAUAUUUUAUAAGAAAACGCGUUUUAACACCAAAAGAAAAGUAUACCUUUGAUAUUUUUCCAUUUGUGACUGAGGAUACUAAAGACUCUUCCAUUUUUGAAGCUGAAAACGAUAAUUUUUUCGAAAUAUCUUCUGCAGCUGCGGUGAAAGAAUAUAAAGAAGAUUUAAUGUCCUCUAUUGCAGAUAAUACUAAGGGCUCUUACAUUUUUAAAGCUGAGAAGGAGAAUGCUUUUAGAUUUGCUAAAACAACUAAUCACACUGAAAAUAUACAAAAACGAAAAACUACAAAAAAUAAUUCUCUUGAUUUAAGUGACAUAUUAAAUGGAAAUGAUGAUUUGAAUUACUUCAUUAAGCUUUAUUUGAAAAAGAAAAUGGAUGUUGAGAAAAGUUUGCUUUUUUUCAAGAGUCAAAAUAAGAACACUAAUAACCGAAACAGAACGGUAAAUUUCAACUUUAAUAUAUCUAGAAAGCGGCCAGAAACGAAAUAUAUAGCUACUAACUUCCCUCAUUUGAAAGACAACGAUAUAGAGGCAAGGAUUUUCCUAUUAAAUUUAACGAAUCCACGAAACGGUAUUUUUGAUUUAAAAGUCUCAACUCAUGUUCCGAAAACCAUAAUUUCUGAAACACCAAGCUUCAACUUAAGUGAAAUUCUGAUUCUAAUUAAAAGGGAGCACAACAUCCAACGCAAGAUCUUAUAUAAACUUUUCCUUUAUGUCCCUGUUCUGUAUUGCAACGUCUUAUUGACGAUUGCGUGUUGGAAGCUAUUGAGACAUAUACACCGCCAAAUGACACUAAAGAAUCAAGCAAGGCAAAUUCAAGGAAGGAUCUGGUAUCCCCCCAGUUCUCCGCCUCUCAAAGUGGUAAAUUAUUUUUCAUCAGUUGAAAGGCGUCGGUAUUCUGACAAUGAAAGCUGAUUUUAAUUUUAAUUAAUUGUAAUGAAUAGUAAAUUGAGGUAUAAAGCAAUGUACGCAAAAUUGGCUAUCAAACCAUGAAAACGUUUUCUUAACUGUAUUAAAUUUUGUUGCACAAUGUGAUA